UAAAAACAACAAUAAAGUCCUAUGUGUUGCUAUGGAGGGCUCCAAGUCCUCUAGUACCACCAUGCAGGUCAGCUUCGUGUGUCAGCGCUGCAGUCAGCCUCUAAAGCUGGAUACAUCCUUCAAUGUGCUCGACCGUGUCACCAUCCAGGAACUUAUUGCUCCUCUGGUCACAGUGACACCAAGCAAGCAGACAGAAAGCAAUGAGGCAGAAAGUGCUCCAGAGGAAACCUUUGUGGAAACAAAGCAAGAUGGCGUCUCAAGAAAAUACAUCCCUCCUGCAAGGAUGAUGUCCACAGAGAGUGCCAACAGCUUCACUCUGAUUGGAGAAGCGUCGGACGGAGGCACCAUGGAGAACCUCAGUCGGAGGCUGAAGGUGACCAGCGAUCUGUUUGACAUCAUGUCAGGUCAGACCGACGUAGACCACCCGCUGUGCGAGGAGUGUACAGACACCCUGCUAGACCACCUGGACACGCAGCUCAACAUCACAGAGAACGAGUGCCAGAACUACAAGAACUGCCUGGAACUGCUGUCCCAGCUGAAGGAGGAGGAGGAGGACAGCCUGUUGCUGGAGCUCCAGAAACUGGGCGAGGAGGAGUCGUCACUGGUGGGGGAGCUGGAGGCGGUGGAAGAGCAGAGGGCUGCCGUGGCCGAGGACCUGGUCCAGGGACGCAGCCACUCCCAGCAGCUAGACACUGAGGAACUGCAGUACCAGAAGGAGUACAGUGAGUUCAAGCGGCAGCAGCUGGAGCUGGAUGACGAGCUGAAGAGUGUGGACAACCAGAUGCGAUACUGCCAGAUCCAACUGGACCGCCUGAAGAAGACCAACGUCUUCAACGCCACCUUCCACAUCUGGCACAGUGGCCAGUUUGGCACCAUCAAUAACUUCCGUCUGGGCCGACUACCCAGUGUCCCCGUCGAGUGGAACGAGAUCAACGCCGCCUGGGGUCAGACCGUGCUACUGCUCCACGCCCUCGCCAACAAGAUGGGGCUACGCUUCCAGAGAUACCGCCUGGUCCCAUAUGGAAACCACUCUUACCUGGAGUCACUUACAGACAAGUCCAAGGAGCUACCACUGUAUUGUUCAGGGGGCCUGCGCUUCUUCUGGGACAACAAGUUUGACCAUGCCAUGGUGGCCUUCCUGGACUGUGUGCAGCAGUUCAAGGAGGAGGUGGAGAAGGGAGACACGGGAUUCUGCCUGCCCUACAGGAUGGAUGUCGAGAAGGGCAAGAUUGAGGACACAGGAGGCAGCGGCGGCUCCUACUCCAUCAAGACCCAGUUCAACUCAGAGGAGCAGUGGACCAAGGCGCUCAAAUUCAUGUUGACCAACCUCAAGUGGGGCCUGGCGUGGGUGUCGUCUCAGUUUUACAACCGAUAGAUGAGGACACACCCUGGGUGUGCCCAUUGACCCUUCUAAAACCACCAUUUCGUCACAAUGUGUGACUCUCAAAAGUUCUUCUUCUACAAUGCUCUCCUUGCUUCCCUAUGAUGUUUUGAGAGGGUGGGGAGAAGACUGGAGGAAGGACUUUUGAGAUUCACCACUGGUGUGUGUUCAAAUCCAAUAAGUCUUGUUUCCUUGUUUGAUUUCCAUAUUGACCGUUUGAAAGGACAAGAUUAAAAACUGUUAAAUUGUACACAUUCAAGUCCACCUAGUCUAGUAGGUGUUAUGAAGGGAGCUAUCUGAGACUUUUGGAGCACAUUCCAGGAUUGAGUCCUAAUAGUAGCUAAGUAGCUUCUGGUUGUGUCUUUUCCUUCAUAUGCACAUAUCUUAUGACACUGGAUAGGUGAAAGCUGUUGUUUCCAAUUGACCUGUUCAAUUCUUAAAGAUCAGUACACAUGAAGGGAAUGAGAGAAGGACACGUUGAACUACUGAGAUGCAGCACUGGAAUGGGUUGUUAUGUAUCACAUGCUUCUUACUUUGCUCCAGAAGCAAAACUGGGGAGUCACGAAUCUGAUUUUCUGCCUAUUUUUCUUAAGUUGGUUUGUGUCUUUGUGGUUCAACUAUACUCUAGCCACAGAAUAAUGUACAUUUAUGUUUUAAUAGUUUUUCUUUUACUGUGCUGACAAGGUAAAAUGUUUUAAGUUCAGCAUGCGUUGGAACAGCAUUGGAACGUUUGCCUUGUCUGUUCUGUCUCCCCACUCGCAGGGUGCACCAAGUGUCUACCGAAAGCUUUGGCGUCAGGAUUAUGCUGUGCUUUUGUUCAUUGGCAAAUUCAACAAGGCAAUCCUUUUACUACAAGUGACAUCUUGGUGUGGAUUUAAAUGUAGACAAGGAGGCUUGUGGCAGUAUUUAAUGCCCAUAUCACUGUAUGAUUUGGUUUUUCAGGUUCAUUACACAUAUGAACAUUCCAAUAAUGGACCCACACAGAAUGCCUUAUGUAAAAGGAUAUUUCCAAUUCUAACAUUUGUAUGAAAAAGGUCAUCAAAUUGUAUAGAUGGUAGACUGAUUUAUUGAUUACGUAAGUAUUCAACCUCCUGAGUCAAUACAUGUUAAUAUCACCUUUGGCAGCGAUUACAGCUGAGAGUCUUUCUGGGUAAGUCUCUAAAUGCUUUGCACACCAGGAUUGCAUGUUAGUCUUCAAGCUCUGUCAAGUUGGUUGUUGAUCAUUGCUUCAAAGCCAUUUAAGUCUUGCCAUAGAAUUUUAAGUCAAAACUAACUGGGGUGCUCUGGAACAUUCAAUGUCGUCUUGGUAAACAGCUCCAGUGUGUAUUUGGCCUUGUGUUUUAGGUUAUCGUCCUGCUAAAAGUUGAAUAUCUCCCAGUGUCUGUAAAGCAGACUGAACCAGGUUUUCCUCUUGGACUUUGCCUGUGCUUAGAGCUAUUCUGUUUAUUUUCAUCAUAAACAUCCUUGCCGAUGACAGGCAUGUAGCCACCACCAUGCUUGAAAAUUUGAAGAGUGGUACUCAGUUAUUUGUUGUUGGAUUUGCUCCAAAUAUAACGCUUUGUAUUCAGGACAUAAAGUCAAUUUUAUUGCCACA